AGAAUUAGAAAAAGAAGAACAGCGCCUCCGACUCCCGGCAGGAAAUGUUCUUUAUAUUAGAGAUAUACAAGCAGGUCCUGUCAGAUGAAGACUUCACGGGACCGCCUUUCGGCACGGCAAAAUGGAGCGGCGGUCGGCUUCGGCGCUGGCGGGUCCGGCGGGCAGCUCGGCGGAGGCUGCAGCUCGGGGGAUUCGGGCAGCGUAAGGUUUUAAGCAGCUAGCCCGAGGUCCGCUUCCACCCGCUCCGCCUGGCCGCAGCGCCGAGCUUGGACGCCUUGAACCGCAGCGCGCCCGGGCAAAGCGGAACGGCAGCCAGCCGGGAGGGCCCGGAUCGCAAAGCCCCGGCUGGGAAAAUGGGGAGGCGGCGGGGCGUCGCUGUCUCUCCGAGGCGGCCCCGGGCCGGGCGGUUCGUCUUUUCGAGCGAGGCUGGCCGGCGGCGGCGGCGGCGGCGGGGGGAGGGAGAGAGCGCUUUACCCUGCCAGGACCUGAUGCGAUCCAUUCAAGCCAACAAGUUUGGAGAAUGUUGAGUUCAAUCAAUUCAGAGCGUCGAGAUGGAGCCCAAUUCAGUCCAGUGGGUCGGCUCGCCGUGCGGGCUGCACGGACCGUACAUUUUCUACAAGGCGUUUCAGCUCCACCUGGACGGCAGGGCGCGGAUCCUCUCCCUCGGCGAUUUUUUCUUUGUGCGCUGCCGGCCCGAAGACCCCCUUUGCAUAGCGGAGCUGCAGCUGCUCUGGGAAGAACGGAGCUCCCGGCAACUUUUAUCCAGCUCCAAACUUUACUUCCUCCCGGAGGACACUCCCCAGGGCCGGAGGAGCGACCACGGCGAGGAUGAAGUCAUUGCUGCUUCAGAAAAAGUAACCGUGAAGCUCGAGGACUUGGCCCAAUGGGCCCAGACAGAUAUCUCCAAGUGGAAACGGGGCGUCCGGGAUGAAGCCUUCACACCUCCAGAACUGAGCAAAGAUGGCCAGAGAGAAGCCCUAAGCAGGUUCCGGCAAUCCACACACAACAGUGGCCUCAAUUUCAAGGAUAUUUUGAAGGAAAAAGCCGACUUGGGUGAGGAGGAGGAAGACGUCAAUGUGCUGAUCCUCAGCUACCCCCAGUAUUGCCGGUAUCGCUCCAUGCGGAAACGGAUCCAGGGCAAACUGUCCUCGGUGCAAGCAGACCAGUUCGUCUUAGCCCUGGGAGGCGUUGCAGCCAUCGGUCAACGGUCCCAAAUCCUCUACUGUCGCGACACGUUUGAUCACCCCACACUUGUCGAAAAUGAGAGCGUAUGUGAUGAAUUUGCUCCCAACCUCAAAGGACGACCACGGAAGAAAAAGUCCGGCCACCCGCAGAGAAGAGAUUCGUUCAGCGGCAAUAAAGAUCCCCAGAAUAAUUGUGAAGGCAAAACUGUGGCCAAGGUAAAAUGCGAGGCUAGAUUACCUUUGUCCAAAACCAAAAAUAAUAACAGCAACUGUAAAAAGGGCUCCAAUGAGAAUAAAUCCAAGAUUUCGGUUCGUGAGGAAUGCAGAGCAGAUGAACAGGCCUUCCUCGUGGCACUUUAUAAAUACAUGAAAGAAAGAAAAACGCCCAUUGAACGAAUACCCUACCUCGGUUUUAAGCAGAUUAACCUUUGGACUAUGUUUCAAGCUGCUCAAAAACUGGGAGGAUAUGAAACAAUCACAGCCCGCCGACAAUGGAAACAUAUUUAUGACAAAUUAGGUGGAAACCCCAGGAGCACCAGUGCAGCCACCUGCACACGGAGACAUUAUGAAAGAUUAAUCUUGCCCUACGAAAGAUACAUUAAAGGGGAGGAAGAUAAGCCGUUGCCCCAGGUGAAGCCACGGAAGCAAGAGGUCGCCCAGGAGGCGGAGAGUAAGAUAAAACUGGCUGGCACAAAGCGCAUCAAGCAUGAAAACGUGAAGAGCAAGAAGGAGCGGGAAGAGGCACCAAAGCCCCAGGACCCAGCAGAGGGUUCGUCAGCCAAAGAGAAGAAUCAGGAAUGCCCGUUGCAGAAAAGCUUAUUGGACCUGACUGCAGCAGAAGCCAUGAAGCUCUCCGCCGAAGGGUCUCGGCUCUCCCCUCCACCAGCCCCUGGAGUGGCCUUCUUGGAAGAGGAGGAGCCUCUGGCCGAGGGGUCUCUGGUCCCCCCCGAAGCCCUGAUCAGAAGCCCCCCGCUGGAGGAGCUGCAGGAGGAGCCCAAGCGGGAACCACGGGGGGUGUCCUGUGUUGCAGAAGACCUUCCGGAGGAGGCCCAGGCAAUGCCGUUCAGCAGCUUCCCCGGCCUCCAACUCCCCAGUCAGAACGAGAUGGAAGAUGAUAAGAUCCCAGAGAUGGCGGACUACAUUGCCAACUGCACGGUAAAAGUGGAUCAGCUGGGCAGCGAGGACAUCCACAGUGCCCUGAAGCAGAGCCCCAAAGUGCUGGUGGUGCAGAACUUCGACAUGUUCAAGGAGAAGGAGUUUCCGAGCUCCUUCAAUGGGGACCCUGGGUUUGGUUCCACCCCGUUACUCUACUCCAAGGGCAACCCGGGCAUCAUGUCCCCUCUGGCGAAAAAGAAGCUCCUCUCCCAGGUGAGCGGGGCAGCCCUGUCCUGCAGCAACUACCCGUAUGGCUCCCCACCACCCCUGAUCAGCAAGAAGAAGUUCAGCAGCAAGGACGACCUCUUGUCCGGCAGGCCAGGACUGCUGUCUCCCAGGCACUCGGUGGACAGUGCCGCGGUCAGCAGGCCGUCGGUCAUCCAGCACGUGCAGAGUUUCAAACCCAAGACUGCAGAGGACAGGAGGCCCACUCACGAUGCCUACCGGCAUGAAUCCCUGCAUAAGAAAGCAGACUCUGAAUGUUGUGAUUUUUCCAAGCAGCACUUGAGUGCCCUGGCGGAGUCCUACGCGCUGAAGUCAGACAUCCAGGACAUGAAGGAACGAAUGAACGAGAGGAGGGCUCUGCACCACUCACAUGUGCCAGGCUUCUUGGCAGACUUCUACGCCUCCCCUCCUCUCCACAGCCUCUACAGGCGUGCCGAGCACCACCUGGGGGGCCAGCCAUGCUCUAAGUACUUCCCCCGAGACGCCUAUGGGGGAACUACAUCCGGGUUCCCUCCCCAUAAGCCCCAGGAUAGGCGACUCCUCAGCUACCACCCGCCUCUGCACCAGCUGGAGAAUAAGACCCCCCGGGAAACCUCCUCGGACGAUCAGCCCACAGACCUGAGCCUUCCCAAAGGGGGUCACAAACCGACAACAAAAACCUUGGGAGCCCCUCUCUUGCGGGGUUCACCUGGGGGGGUGGAGGAGGGCAAAAGCUCCACCCGGUUCCACGCCUUGACCAGCCAAACUCUAAGUGCGGAGGGCAACCCAAAGGCUUGUCGGGUCUCCCCAAUGACGGUCUCUGCCCCAAAGAAACAGGGGGAGCCCCUCCUGAGGGCCUGCAAGCUGCCAGCCCCGAGAAAGUUGGACGGGAUGGUACACCCAGUCCUGAGCCACAAAGCCUUGGCUCCAGGCAUCGGGGCAGCUCGCCCUCUGAAGCGCAGCCUGGAGGAUCUGGACAAAGGGCUUUUGGAGAAGAAGGUCCGAGCGGUCUCGCCCUUGCGCUUACCAAAGGAAGCCCCUUCCAAAGAGCAGGACAUGGAGGGCAGCAAGUCACUGCAUGGCCCACCCCCAGGCGGGGCACUGGAGGGCCACAAGUUCCCCCUUUCCAGCCCCAUCUUCACAGGCUUGUAUCCAGGGACCCUCUGCGGCGGCCUGGGCAGCCGCAUGCCCGCGGCCGGCUAUUCCCACCCCCUGCAGUACUUGAAAAACCAGGCCGCCCUCUCCCCGCUGGUGCAGCCCUUCGCUCUCCACUCGUUCAUGGUGCACAGACAGUUCCUCACCUCCCCAGGCAGCUCUCAACAGCUUUACCGGCACUUGGCGGCGGCCUCCCCCGUGGGCAGCUCCUACGGGGAUCUUUUGCACAACAGCGUUUAUCCUUUGACGGCUCUGAACCCUCAGCCUGCUUUCCCCCCCUCCCAGCUCUCUUCCGUACACCCGAGCACAAAGUUGUAAAUGCUUCUGAGAAAUGUCACCCCCCGCAAACGACAUUCCUUUUGCCCGCAAUCCUGUCUUGCAAACAAGUAUAUCAAUAUUUGUGAUAACCAAGGAGCGGUUAAGCUCCUACCCGCUGAGCGCUUUGGGCCUGACUGUGACGCAGCUCCGGCUUAGCUGGGCUUGAGGCCAGACUGCUGGCUUUCUCCUCGCCUCCUCGCCGGUGCGCCUGCUGCUGCACGGAGGGCUGCGGAGAGCGAGGGUUUCCGGGCAGCCAAGGCUCAGGCGCGCCUGGGCCCCAACGCAAGAGGAAGGGCCCGCUUGGCUUGCCUCCUCCGCCCAUCCCCAGGCAGUGGCCUCGAAAGGUUUCAGAUAAAUCAGGAAGGCAGGAAACACCACCUGGGGCGGUUGCUUCUUGGGGGGGGGGUACCAUUUCAGAGUUCAAAUCAAUGCAAUGUAUAGAAAAACUGUCGUUCGACUUUCAUCUUAACACUAUCAGAACAGAACAAGUAAAACGCAAAAACAGACUGUACAUAUCUGCUUCAGAAACGAGAACGACCCGUGUCAAGUUCAUUUGUAUAAUUUAUGUAAGUUCUUAUUUUCCACGUAUCAUGUGCUGUUUUUUUUUUAAAGGAAAAAAAUUAAACAGCUCCUUUUUAUUUGCCAA